AUGAACAGCUGGCCAUUCAAAGAGGGCAAGAGGCAUUUCACCUCGAAGACCAACAUGGCACAGAUGCGUGCUGUCCUCCUCAACCCAGCAUAUGGCUUUACAAAGCCGCCUCAAGCCCCUGCCUCCAAACAAGUCGUAGCGCAGCGCAGCAACACUGUGUCUGCAGAUGGGCCAAUUCCACCACCACCUCCAGCACCACCAUCAGCAUCUUCUCCAACUCCAACUCCACCUUCACCUUCAGCACUGCCAUCCUCACAACCUACUGCCAUCGAAACUGAGCAUUUGGCAGGGACCAAGCUCGAACAUGGUGCUGGGAUGGACUUGGGCAGCUGCACCCUGCCAGGCUUGUCUCCAUUUCUCAAUGCCAUUUGCCACCUGCUGAACCCCUUCCUUAGACUCAUCCAGCCAGGCUGGCAGAGCGACCAGAUGUUGAUCUUUAUGUGGACUUUAUCCGUCCUAGUGCCGACCUCGAGCAGCUUCGCAUAUUUGGUCACUCUUGAGCAGGUUGGUGCACUGAAUGACCUGACGGGUGAGUGGCAAGGAAGCGCUGUGCAGCUUGUUGAACGGCUGCAUGAGAAAGCGCCUGGCAUUGAAGACGCCUUGGAGAUCAUGUACCCCGACCCAGCUCACCCUGAGUAUUUGCGAUGGCUCGUGUCUGCCACUGCAGGUGGACUGAUGCAUUCAGCCCCAGAUGCCCCCAGCAUCCAUAUCCCAGCGGACAAUGUUCUGACGUUGUGUGUCAGGUUUGGGCAGUUUCAGAUCGUCCAGAUGAGGGAAGCUGCCACUGCUGCCAGCACUGCUCAUGGCCAGCACUGCACCACUGCAUCUGACUCCCACAAACCUCAAUCCUGCACUGCGGCAGCAUGGCUUGCUGAGAAGGCACAAGAGGAGCCCGGUUUGCUGUGCAAUUCUGCGAAAGGUACAGCCAGAAGCCAUGUCCGGUCAGUGAACCAGGUGACAGCUGCCAGUCUCGGAGCCUUGAAAGAGGACCGCACAUCAAGAAAAAAGAUGUGCAGGAUGCCCUUGGAGUGGGAUCAACGUGGAUGGCCGAAGCACAGCAAGCAGUGUACAUCUUGCUGGCAAUAUGGUGAAGGGGGAAGCUCACCCAGGCAGGCUGUGAUAGCGAAGUGUGCCUCGACCAGCGAGAAGGCCGGUGCACAAGAUCUUUUGGCUUAUCUGCGCCUGCAGUGA